GGCCCUCUCCCGACGACGAGCACGAGAAGCAGGCGAAGCCAAUCCCCCGUCGGCUUCUCCCAGUCCCAUCCUUCCCCAAAUCCCCCGCGAUCCCCGAAACCCUAGCCCCCAGCGCCGCGAACCAACCGCUCCGCCGCCUCCGCCGCGAUCCCGCAAUCCAGGGCCGCACGGCGAUGGUUUUGGAGCGGAGCGUUUGAGCUGUUUGGGAUUCGUUCGGGAGGGUUUUUUUUUUUAUGGGUUCGGACGGAAAUGGGCGCGGCUCGGCGGCCGCGAGGAAGCCGCGGAAGAGGCAUUUGGUGAUGGAGUCCAGCGACUCCGAGGCCGACGAGUUCUGCAUCUCGCCGCCGCAGAAUGCUGGCGGCGCCGCGUCCGUGGGCAAUGCUGGCGCCGGCGGUCGAGGUGAUGGUGAUCAGUUCGGGGAGGAAUCCGUGGCUGUUAGUUCUGAGAAGGUUUCAGCGGUUAAGUCCACUGAUGGAGAGGGUUCGGAGAAGAACAAGGGAGUUGAGGUUGAGAGGAGCAGUCCACAGCCUGUUGCCAAGAAGAUCAGAGUUGAGGCCGCCCAUGGUAGUGGCAGUGGGAGCAGCGGAGGUGCAGCUAAGGGUGGAACUGGUGGGAAAAUGCGGCCCCGGGGGCUCCCUUCGUGGCGGUUUGAAAAGGCGGAGGUAAGGGGAGGGCGAGUUCUUGAUGAUAAAGGUGGGGUGGAUAUGAAGGCAAGCAGUGCCUCAAAGGUGAAAGAGCAGCUAUCGAGUUUGGAUGACAAGAGGAGAUGGGUGGAGCUGCAGAAGCAUGAAAAACGGACACCGUUGAAGACCGACCAGGGCAAAUCUGCUGAUUCUGGCCAACAGGAGGUUAUUAGAUUGCAAGGGAAAAGGGGUGUUUUGAAGAUAUUGCCAAAGAACGAUAAGUUGGUCAGGGAUACUGGUGAUGGCAAGAUUCUGUCGAAGAAAACUAAGGUGGAUGGGGAGACUGGCAAUGUCAAGGUUCUGCCUACUAAUAUCAAGGCGGAUGAGAAGACUGGUGAUGGUAGGAUUCCAACAAAGAGAGGGGUUUUAAAACUCCUGCCGAAGAACAAUGGCAUGACGACGGAGACUAAUGAUAGAAAACUUCUGCCCAGGAACAAUAAGGUGGAUGGGGAAACUGGGGAUGGCAGGAUGGUGAUGAAGAACUCCAGGGUGGAUAAGGAGUCCAGUGAUGGCAAGAUUCUUACCAAUAAAACUAAGUUGGAUGGAGAGUUUAGUGGUCACAAGGCGAUGAAGAACUCUACCAUGGACUUGGAAACUGGUCCUGAGAAGUUUCAGCCCAGUAGCAGUAGGGUGGCUGGAGAAAGCAAUGAGAGCUAUAAAGAAUAUGAGGAGAAAAGUGGUGCUAUUGCAGAGUUUCAGAAGCAGGAUGCAAAUGGUGAGAAGAAAGUUAUGGGAAAUCUAGUCUCUCCCAUCAUGUUGAGGAAAAGUGAUCCAAGCGUAGUGGGAAUUUCUUUGGGCCAGAAAAUGAAACAGCAAAAUUCAAAGCAACAACUGAAGAACUCCUCAGUAAAGCAUCAUCAGGCUUCUCUGAGUCAGAAAGAUGAGAAUACUAAAUCAAUUGAGCACAAGAAUCUAAAAAAGAGAUUGCUAGAGCAUAAAGGGUUGCAGGGAAAUUUAUCGAAGAAGGCAAAAUCAAAAGCCAUUGACCUGCAAGGCACAUCUGGCCCUGUGCUCAACAAGCUUGGAAUGAAGAAGCCAAGGGGAGGACCUGUCAACAAACUCAAACAGGAUGUCAGGAACCAGAUAAAACGCUUGCUUUUAGAUAAUGGAUGGAAUAUUGAGCUAAGACAAAGGAAAAACAAAGAUUACGAAGACUCUGUCUAUGUUUCUCCUGAAGGGACUGGCUACUGGUCAAUCACUAAGGCUUAUGCAGUUUACCAAGAGCAGUUUCAAAAUCAACGCGAUAUGGGCUGUUCAUCUAAGCUUAAGAAUAUUAUGCCAGGUGCUUCAGAUGCCAUAUCAACGGAUGAUCUAGCAAUGCUGAAAAAGAACAUAGUUAGGAGAAGGACGAAUAAAGAAAUUUAUGGUGCUAAAAAGAAACCUGGGGCCAACAGAAGCAAAGGCUCAAAAGAUAUCCUUGCUGAUAGAAGUUCUAGAAAGAAGCACCAGAACAGGGAUGAUGGGGUAAAAAUCAAGCAUCGGAGAUGUGGGCUUCUUGUCCGCGGGGGUACUCAUAAUAUGGAAGAUAACAUGGAUGGCUAUAUUCCAUAUGAAUGGAAGCGGACAGUAUAUUCAUGGAUGAUAGAUCUGGGGGUUAUUUCUGAAGACACAGAGGUCAAAUACAUGAACAAUAAGAGAACAAGGGCAAUGUUGCAGGGUAAAAUUACCAGGAAGGGUAUUUUCUGUGGAUGCUGUUCCAAGAUUCUAACAGCCAUGAAGUUUGAACUUCAUGCUGGUUCGAAAGAGAAGCAGCCCUAUGCAAACAUCUUUGUAGAAGGUGGUAGGGUUUCUUUGUUGCAAUGCUUACACGAUGCAUGGGAGAAGCACACACGAUAUGAAAAGAAAGGAUUCUACAAGAUAGAUCUUGGUGAUGAUGAACAUGAUGACACUUGUGCUAUUUGUGGGGAUGGUGGUAAUUUGGUGUGCUGCGAUCACUGCCCCUCAACUUUUCACUUGGAUUGUUUGGGAAUUGAGAUGCCCUGUGGAGAUUGGUAUUGUCGCAGCUGUUUAUGUAGGUUCUGUGGUUCUGCCCAAGAAAAGACAUCUUCUCCUGAGUUACUUUCUUGCUUGCAAUGUUCAAGGAAAUACCACCAAGCUUGUUCACCCGGAACCGGGAGUGACUCCGUUUGUACCAAACCCAGUACCUCGAUUGAUUGCUUUUGCAGUCCAGGAUGUGGAAAGGUUUAUAAACGACUAAAAAAGCUUCUUGGGAUAAAGAAUGAUAUCGAGGCUGGAUUUUCAUGGAGUCUGGUUCGCUGUUUUGCUAAUGAUCAGGCCAUACGCCCCAAAAAUAAAGCACAGUCGGUCCAUUGCAGCUCAAAGACAGCCCUUGCUUUCGCAGUUAUGGAUGAGUGCUUUCGGCCACACAUUGAUGAGAGAAGUGGAAUUAAUAUGAUUCAUAAUGUUGUAUAUAACUGUGGGUCCGAUAUCAGUCGUUUAGACUUUAGUGGCUUCUAUACAUUUAUCCUGGAACGGGGUGACGAAGUAAUAUCCGCGGCAUCUGUAAGGAUUCACGGAACUGAUUUGGCAGAAAUGCCAUUCAUAGGCACAAGAGGCAUGUAUAGGCACCAAGGGAUGUGCCGUCGACUACUCAAUGGAAUUGAAUCGGCCCUUUGCUCUCUCAAUGUUCGAAAAUUAGUAAUAUCUGCGGUACCAGAAAUGGAAAACACUUGGACAACUGUGUUUGGUUUCAAGCCUGUUGAACCUUCCAAGAAUAAAAAAAUCAAGUCGGUAAAUCUCUUGAUUAUCAAUGGCACCGGUCUACUAGAGAAAAGGUUACUGCCAACUGGUAAAGUUGAUGGACAGACCACUGCCAAGCCAGGUUGCAAUACCAAACUGUUCUAAGAUCAAUUCUCUUGU